GUUUUCGGGGACACGUUUGAAAUGGUUCCCAGCACAACUGAUUCAGAAAGACCAAGCACCAGCGGGCCGAGAGUGACAAGAUCAAAGAUGAUUAAAAGUGGAAAGAUCAGCGUCACAACCUUGAAAGUUGCCGCUCCGAAAGACACAGUUUCGAACAUAACAGCACCAAAGGUCGAAGUUGUGGGACCGGAAGGGCCAAUGCUGGUCUUUAGAGCUUGGACAGUGGCUGAUAUGAAAGACGCUUGUGCCGGACCCACAGAACGCCGGCGACAGAUUUGCGAAAGAACUGUUUUUACUGUGCCAAGAGUUCAGCCCGACUUCAUAAGAACUGAGACGGAUGCUGGGUGUGAAAAUGGGUCCAGCAAACUGGCAUAAGGAGAGCAGGACGGAGAGGGUCUGGUUCGGGGCGAUCAGUGGCUGACCACAAGACAGGGAAGUGACCAUUUAUUACUAACACGCAAAUACAACACACACACAAACACAUACACUGAUUUACUUUCUGCUAUCUACAAUGAAGAAUCUGCUUGCAAAUCUUUGUGUGUUUUAAGCAAUGUUGUGAAUGAUGAAAUCUUGAGCAGUGUUUCCGAUGAAUGUUUGAAAAUGUACAAAAGCACAGGGUUUUCUCAAAUGCCAAAAUACCCAAUGAUAGUCGAGGGAGUAAUAAUUAACUUUCUGGUCGAUUCAGGAGCUUCAAUUAGCACUUUACGAACAUGUGACUUGCCAUGUGUGCCGAAAAUGACAGGAAAAGUGUGUGAAAGCACUUCGGCUUCAGGCCAUAUGAUCUCUGAACAAUUCACCGAGCCCUUAGAGUGUGAGACAGAGGGAGGUUGAACUCUGAAACACAAGUUUCUCUGGUUGGCCAAUUGUCCCGCGCCUCUAAUGGCCAGAGAUUUAUAUAUGUUAUAAAUGAUAUAUGUUAUUAAUUAUAUAUUAUAUAUGUUAUAAAUUUGAGCCACAGUGGGCUCCACAAAUUAUAUGUUCUAAAUUUGAGCCACAGUGGGCUUACGAAUGGCAGAUAAAAGAUGUUGAUUGGGCAGAGAUGAUUUUGAAAUUGGCUAAAGAUCGAAUAACACCAGUCAACACAGAGUUUAUGACACCUGAUAGAAUGCAUUGUACAUCACUUGUCAUAAACGAGCAUGAUUCACACUAUGAAGAAACUUGGUUUAGUAGAGUGAAGAAUGAAAGUGAGAAAUUUGACAAGAUUUUCUGGACAGAAAAUGUGUGUGUUUGAAUGAAAAACAAUUGCAGUGUUAUUUAAUGGCAGGACACAGUGUUCCUCAUUUAUCUGUGCCCAAGAGCACGAAUAAGCAGUGGGCAGAAUUGGGGCUUUUUGUGAAUGACUGUUUGCAGGCUACAGACUGGGUUAAAAUUGAUACAGACAUAGCACAGAGCAAAAGUGUUGGAGCAUUUAAAUCAAACUGUGAUUUUAAUGUGUGGGUUUUGAGAACUGUAACUGCUAUUGUGAACAAUGAUGUGACAAAACAGGGGGUGGGGGAUAUUUAUGCGUCAGAAAUUGAUAUUUCUCUGGCAGAAAUAUCUUCAAAAUUGUGGGCAAAACACAAGUACGAUGUGGGUUUGAUAAAGGGAUGCGAGCCGGUUGUAGUCACCCCAAAAUCUGAUUACAAACCGUGUCAGGCGCAAUAUCCCCUCAAACGUGAGGCAUUGCAGGGCAUAAUGCCAGUAUUUGAUUCUCUGUUGAAGGAGGGAAUAAUUAUGCCAUGUAAUGAUUCACCAGUACGCACACCAAUUUUCCCUAAAAAAAAAAAUAAAUAAAAUAAAAUUAUUAUCAACAAACUGGACAGAAUAAAGUUGGUUAUGCAGUUACGACUGAAUUUGAAACUCUGAUGUCUGGCAAAUUACCAUCACAUUAUUCUGCGCAGGCAGCUGAACUGGUCACGCUGACUGAAGCAUUUAAACUGAUGUGUGACGAUUUACACAGUCAGGCAUGACUUUGGUGCUUUGUGGAAGCACAGAAAGUUUUUGAAAUCAGAUGGCCGUCCGAUACUAAACGCGUCUCUAGUAUCGGACCUCCUCGAGGCCAUUCUGUUGCCAGACAAAAUUGCGAUUUGUAAGUGCGCAGCGCAUACUAACGAUAAAGGUUUUAUUUCAACAGGAAACGGCAGAGCUGAUAUGGCUGCAAAAGCAGCGGCAGCGGAUCAGACUAAAGAUACUAGUAAAAACGCCACUUGCGCACAAGUUGACAUUAACUUCGACAUUUCUCCUUUUUUACAGAGCAUGCAGUCCUUUUCCACAAGCGCUGAGAAAAACACCUGGAAGGCGUCAGGCUGCAGCCUUGUAGAUGGAGUGUGGACAUCAGUUGAUGGAACGCCCUGUUUACCCAAACAUUUCUUUCAACAUUAUGCUAAAUUGACGCAUGAUUUAGAUCAUGUGUCAAAAGGGGGAAUGAUUGCACAAAUGAAAGAAUUGUGGUUUACCAAGUGCUUCACAAUAUUCGCUGGGAAUUUUUGCAAAAGAUGUGUUAUUUGUAAUACACACAAUGUGGCACGAGGCGUUAAAACACAGCUGGUAUCCAAGCCAGCCCCAGAAGGGCCGUUCGAGUACUUAAUGAUGGAUUUAAUUGAAUUAACCCAUUGUGGGAAGCAGAAAUAUUGCCUGGUAAUGGUUGACAUGUGGUCCAAAUGGGUCGAGGCUUUCCCAACCUCGAAACAAGAUGCGGCGGCAGUAGCCAAGGCUCUGCUGACCGCGAUUGUUCCGAGAUGGGGAAUUCCAAGAAAAAAAUCAGUUCUGACAACGGAACACAUUUUGUCAAUGAGGCAAUAAAGCAGGUGGGUCAGUUCUUAGGAAUUGAUAUGAGAACACAUUGUGCCUAUCAAGCUGCCAGCGGAGGCGCUGUGGAGCAUGAGAACCAAACGGUAAAGAACAAAUUGGCAAAGUGUUGUGAGGAAACCGGACUCUCAUGGGUAAAAGCACUCCCAACUGUGUUAAUGUACAUGAGAAUGAGAAAGAGAGUAAAAACAAAUUUGAGCCCAUUCAAAAUUCUCUUUGGUAAACCACCAUUCAUAGGAAUAGAGGGGGGAAAACGCAGGCUUCCAUCAACGGAUGUGUGUGAAAAUGAGAUGUUGAAUUACUGCAAAGAAAUGUCGUGUUAUCCAACAUGUCUGUGCAGGUCAAAGCUGGCCAGGGAUGAGUUGCUGAGACGGUCCUGCAUAAGAUCAGGCCGGGGGAUUACGUGGUAAUUCGUGACCUGAGAAGGAAGAACUGGAGGGCAAAACGUUGGCGAGGACCGUACCAAGUCUUACUGACAACACAAACGGCGGUGAAGGUCGGAGAGAGAGCUACGUGGGUACACGCCAACCACUGCAGGAGAGUUCCGCCCAUAUCGGAAGGGCAACAGGAGGAGGAACCUCAGCAACAUCAACAACAAGUUCAACAACAAGUUCCAAGCUCGAGCUCAAACACCAGGUGCAAGAGCAAGGUCACUCAGGAGGAGUGAUAAGGCAGGUGUGCAGAAUAAAGCUAUUUGUGCAGCCACAACCAGAGACAUUGAUCAUUGCAAAGAGCUGCAAUCACGAGACAAGAUGGAUCGCUCAAGACCGUGGUACACAUUCAGACUGCCAGAAAUGUGUGGACUUUGUAAGACUGCUUUCAUUUUAACUUUGAUAUUGAUACAUUUGUGUUCCACUGAGGGCGUGAAAGUGUGGUCUGCGAAAAAACACACCAACUGGACUGAAACAUCCGUACUGAACAGCACCAUCAGACAGCGUGUUAAAAGAGACACAUUUACGGAAGUGGAGCCGGUGAGAGGUCUGUACGGAAGCACCAUCACAAUAGAGGAGGGAUCAAGUGUGACUUUCAAGUGCAACCCAUUCCAAGAGAACUGUCUCGGAUGCGAUGGACACACCGAGGAGUACGCACCUUUCUACAUCUGCGAAAGCCCAUGUAUGUGGGCCAACGUGAAAGCAUACGCUUAUAACUACAAGUCAGGAUACGACGAAAGAUUUCGGGUGUACGCUGAAGACAGACUAAGUAACAACAGGUACGGAAUGAGAGUGGAAUUGAAACAUGCAACACGCACUGACCAAGGCAGGUAUUACUGUGCCCUGGACUUGACUGGGACUGACUGGUAUGAGACAAUUGACAUUAUGAUAGUCAAGGCAGCCAGACCAUGGAUAGCAACGACGAGAACACCUUUCUUGUCACCUAUGACACCUGAGGUCGAACAAGCUACUGAAGAGGAACUGGCCUGGAUGGGGAACGGAGACACAAGCAAAGGUCAAAUAAACCCUGAAGUGCAGAAAGCCAUGAUGAAAUGCCAGGUGAACAAAGCCUGCGCGCUGGCAAUGCUGCAGAAAGAAGAACUGGAGAUCAAAACUAUUGAAGUUUCACAUGCUUUUUAUUAUGGAAGAAAAACAACGAGAGCUCAUGUCACGUCUUCAUACAUUGAAUUACCGGCUACUUACCUGUAGGGAUGGGACGAUUACCGGUUUCACUAUAAACCACUAUAAAAUGCUGUAAAACCCCUUCCUCAUCUCGGCUGGAGGGGCAGGCUCUAUCGUGUCCUUCUGUAGAAGGGAGGUGAUCUCGCCUCUCAUCCCAGUGAAGCGGAUGCCGUUGAACCAGGACGGGCGCCUUGCGAACUGAAUCGCAUAGCCGAGUCGGACGGCCCUGAUCAACCAGCGCGAUGGGUAGGGGAGCGCGAGACACGUCCCUAGUUCCAUGCGAGAGGGACCAAAGGAACUACCAUGUUGGACGUACCAGCGGGCGGGGCCUCGCGACAGGGCGGAGCCAGAAUCUAGAGACAUCAAAGCACUUACCUGGCUCCUUGUGACCGCUCCCGGAACCGCCUGGGACAGGGGAGGAAGAUAAUCAUCCUCGUAGCCCGUGGAGACCAUCACAUUGUUUUUCCUCUUAUUCUUCUUCCUCAUUGUUUGCUCUGAAUUUUCAUAUUUUACCCCUUUUAUAGAUAGCACUAUUGGUAUAUUACAUUUUAUGUCAACAAAACAACUGUCCUAGAGUGUUCAGUCAAUCUCUUUUCACCUGCUCCUGUCGCUCUCCCUUCUCAUCGAGUGUUGCUGUCUUUUUCUCUCUCCUUCCACCAAAAAGCUACCAGAGAGACAAAAGGUGUUUAAUGUUAACAUUAGUUUAACAUUAUGUACACACACAUACACACACUCUCUCUCAACACACACACACAUUCAACAUACAACAUACACUAUUCACUUCUUGCUGUCUAUCUGGUGUCCUUCUCAUUACUUGUUAUAUUUCUCUCUCGCUAGUACUAUCCUCGACUAACUCAUCCUCUCUCCUCCCUGAAUCAUCUGUGAUGCAAAAGAACACAUACACUUAUUGCAAAUCAGCUUUAAACAACUAAUUCAUCAAGUGCUACAUAUUUCAAAGUGUAGACAAAUACCAUUGAAGAAAAUGUAUUGGGAAGAGCAGAUCAGUGGGAUUGCCCUAAGAUCUAUCAUGAUUCGUGAAUUUUCAUGUACAUUAACAUAAAGUCAUCACAAAAGAGUUAUAUUAUAGUGAGUAAUUUGAGGUAAAAAAAAUAUUUAAUAUAAAUAAUUUAAAUUUUUUGAUCAAAAUGAUGUAUAAGAUACUAAGUUAAAGCAAUACAUGAAUGACUUUAUUCUAAGUUCAUUGACACACCAUGGCAUCGAACUGUAUAUAAUUCUCAAUGUUCAUCUGUCAAAAUCCUUUCAUUAGGAUCAUUAGGAGCAUUGGGAUAAACAAUGUUUCACUUUUAACUUUCUUAAAGUAAA